AUAAUAUCUCAUUUUUGAAAUAAAAAACAAAGGUGAAGCGGUGAGCGUGACAUCCUUAUGCCAGCCAUACACGUAACGAUAUACUUGCGCAAACUUAGACUUGCACAAGUAUACUGUAGCGUGUGUUGGAAGAUUUUUGCGCAAGUAUCUAGACUUGUACAAGUCGCAAGAACGUUGCAAUUUUCGAUUCCGAGACUUGUGCAAGUUUACGUUUGCGCAAGUUUACUUGAACGUGUGUGGCAACGAGCCUUCGCAGUUAGCGAUGUCCUGCUGCUUGGUUGUACACACGCGUUGCGUUGUUCACCACCAAAAUGAGUGAGACACGUGGAGUUCGAGAAAAUUUGGAAGAAUUUAUAAAUGUGUAGAGAAAUGAACCAUGCCUCUGGCAAAUAAAGAACAAACACUACCAUAAUAGAGAUAAAAAACUGCCGCUUAUAAAAAAUUAGUAGAACUGUAUAAGAAAAUAGAACCAAGUGCCAACCGAGAUAUGAUAGUUAAAAAAAUUAAUGGCUUACGCACCAACUGCCGUAAAGAAAAGAAGAAGAUAGAAGAGUCUAGCCGAUCUGGAGCAGGCUCCAAUGAUGUUUAUGUGCCAAUGUAUUAUGAUUUACUGAAAUUUCUCGAUGACGACCAAGGAACGCCAAGACCUUCUCGUUCCAACAUCGUCGAAGAUGAUAGUUCUGAAGAAACCAUACAAGCUUCAAUGAACAGCGAUGUUUUGCCAUCACAAGAUAGAGAUGAUAAAUCUCCGGAAACAGCUAGUACCUCUACACAAAUAUCAAGUCGCCCUAGACCACCCAAAAGAAAAAGUAACAGUAAUCCUCAUUCAUUAGAUUCACCAGAUUUAUCUACCGACGUAUUGCAAGUCGUAAAAGAGCAUUUCAAGUGUCCUUUGUUACAGCAAAGGCUGAUUGCUGAAAAAAUUAUAAACGACUCAUUAUUUCAAACAGAAAUGGCCAACUUGAGACUGCCGCAUGGAGACUUCAAUGUACGUGAGUUGUAUCGCACAACUCCCAGUCCUCCAACAUAUCAGACACAACAGUUUAUUCGUGCAACUCCAACUCCCAGUCAUUCAGCACACCGGCCACAACAGUUCAUUCGUGAAAUCCCAACUCCAAGUCCUCCAAUACACCACUCACAACAGUUUAACCAAGGAACCCCAAUUCUAAGUCCUCCAACACAACACUCACAGCAGUUCAUGCAUUUAGGAUCAACUCUAUCUUCAUUGCCACGCAUCGAGCAAGAAUGUAAUGAUUCUUCCACGCCUUGCAUGCAGUACAAUUCGGAUUCACAACAUUCGACUGAACAUACUGAAGUGCAAUUAUCUAUUCCAGAACAAUCAGCCGGGGCAUUUAUAUCCAGCUUCAAUGAUUGUCAAUAA